AUGAAUGAAAUAGAAAUUAAUACAUUAAUAAAUUUAACAUAAUAAAUAAAGGAAUCAGUCACAGAUGAUAAAUAGAGAGUUAAAAUUCUAAAUGAAACUAAUUCUAUUUUAUAAGUAAUAUUACAAGAAAAAAGGAAUGCAAAUUCUAAUACUAAUAACUUUUUAAAUUAUAUAUAAUAAAGCAAUUAAAAUAAUAUUGGUAUAGCUAUACUUAACAAUAAUGGACAAUUCAGUAAGAUUAUAAUAAUUUAUAUCUAGUUUUGACUGAUUAGCUUACAAGAAGUAUUCUUGAAUUAAAUAUAUUGAAAUUAGAAGCAAUUAACUUUUUUUCAUUAAUUAGUAAAGUUUCAUUAAAUAAGUUGGGUGAACAAUUCAAAGAUUGCUGUCUUUUAUAGAAUGGGAAUGUUAAAUAAACAUUUUAAUUCACCAUAUAUUCAAAAAGAAAUAAAUAAAAAAGUAUAUAAUAUUUGAAACAAAUUGCAAAAGAUAAAGAAAAGAGGAAAUAAAAGAAAUCUACAACAAAAAGUAAUUUAUUAUUAUUAUAUUAUAAUAGAUGCUGAACAUAUAUAGUAAGAGUUAAUAUUGAUGGCUAAAUACUUAAAAUCUUUGUAAAUUACAAUAUAAAAAACAAAUCUAGAAUUACAUGAUGAUUUUAUAGAAUCUUUUAAAGAUUCAAAUGAUAUACUAUUACAUAAUUUAUCUUCAUUAAUACCUAAUAAGUUUAAUUAAGUAGCUGUUUGUGAGAUAUUUGAAUUGGAUUAACAUCUUAAUUUUAAUGUUGAAGAUUUAUUAUCUGAUCCAUAUAUUAAAAAAAAUGAAGUGAAAUGGAUUAAAUUAGUUAAGAAAUUGAGUUGUUAAUAUUAAACUUAUGAAGAUUACAUUAUAUGA